AUGGCUUUCAAGCUCUUGGCUCUUGCCACGCUGGCUUCUGCACACAAGCCUGUCUUCGACUACACUUUGGCCGUAAACUGCCCGAUCUGCAGACAGUACGGGAACAGCACAGUGAAGGAGAUCUACAAUACCCCUGGUGUUCAAGAGGGCGUACACUUCCAGCUUCACAUGGGCAUCCGCAAAGGACAGGACGGCAGCUACGAGUGCGUGCUAGAAGAGCCUGGUUGCCCCAUGACGCGAUAUUUCCUCUGCGCGCAGCGCGAGGCCAACAGCACAGGUGCAGACAUCAUGAGGUUCCUGAACUGCUUCAACGAGAGCCCGCUCGUCGAGCCGAAGGACAAGCAAGCACUGGUCGCUCGGGUGCAUGGCUGCAGCUCUUUGGCCAGCAUCGAGGUUCCCAAGGUGGAGACCUGCAACGCAGAAAUGGGCGAUGCUCUCCUUGCAGAGGCUGAGAGCUACUUCGUCACCCGCUUCCCCGAGUUUUCCAAACCCGGUCCCGGACCCUUCGGCGUGCCCCAUGUCUUCAUCGAUGGCGUGCAGGUGGGUCCUCACGGGUAUGCACGCCUCUCCAACUACAGCAACACCAUGAAGCUGCUGUGCGAUGCAGGGCUGCAAGCUAGCGCCUGCCAGCAGAACAUCAUCGUCUGA